AAAAAUAUUAUUGAUGACAUGUUACUAUUUGUUUGCCUCAAGUUUCUGAGAGGAAAUGAUGACACGAACUCAGAAGUGAAACAUGUUGUUUAUGGAGUGUUAACAAGAUUUUUACGAUUUCUGCCACAAACACACCAGGGUGGGGUGUGUAUGAGAACAGAGGUGUUUGGAGUAGAAAAAACGUUGACAUGUGAAUCGAGAGCCAUUGGCUUGGCCUCUAGCGCUGCAAUUCCAGACAGCAGCUUCUCUGCCUCAUCGUAUUAUGACCAUAGGUAUAAACCCUCUUUUGGUCGAUUGAAUGGAGCUAAUCGGGGUUGGGGAGCCAAGACUGCGACCAAUUGUGCUGACUACUUACAAAUUGACCUGCUGUAUGAGUACGUUAUCUGUGCUGUAGCCACCCAAGGAGCUAAUGGUAUAAACGAGUGGAUAACAAACUACAAGAUCCAGUUAUCAAUGGAUGGUAUCACUACUGUCACCUACCAAGAAACCAAUGUUGACAAGGUAGGUUUCUAUGAAGGUCAUUCGCAUAUGCAUGUGCAUAUCAAAAAAGCUGAAAAUAUAUGGGCCCUAGAGCACUGA